AUGGCGAAUCCAUCAAUCAACAAUGAUCAUGAAAGUUUCGAUAUCGACGAUAUAAUAGACAUAAAUGGAUAUAGCACUAAAUUGAAACUGUUACGAGUAACAGCAACGGUUAUAAGAUAUGCUAAAAGUUGGAGAAACCCUCGACACAAAUUUGAAAGUGCUGACGGCGCAAGAAUUACACGAAGCCGAAAUACGAUGAAUCCAGACCGUUCAAGAACAACAAUUUCAACACGAGUUAAGCUAACUUAUAGAAAUGUGAAAAACUCCGACACCCGUGGUCUCACAAUUGGGUCUGUUCCGCGACGACGAUGGAAUGGAAAUUCGUCUCAACAAAAAGAAUCCAAACAGCCGAUUCUCCUACCAAAAACACAUUACUUCACAGAGCUACUUAUCAAAGAGCAACACGAAGUUGUACACCACAAUGGCAUUCGAGACACUCUCAACUCGAUUCGUCUGAAAUAUUGGAUCCAACGAGGUAGAGAAGCAGUGAAGCGAAAAGUAAGAAGAUAUGUCGUGUGCAGAAAGAUCGAAGAGAAAUCUUUCCCAACACCGAAAGUUCCGCAGCUCCCAGCGUGUCGAGUAAGCGAAGAACCACCCUUCUCUAAUACCGGUAUAGAUUUCCCUUGUCCAGUUUACGUAAAAUAAUCGUCUGGAACAAUUAACACUAGCAACGACCUAGACAAAGUAUACAUAGCGCUCUUUACCUGUGCAUCUGCGAGGGCUUUGCAUUUAGAACUAGUGGAAAACAUGUCAAAUCGUCCAUCCCCGGGCCCCACCCCGCUUGCAAGUAUAGUAUAUCUCAUUCAUUAUAAUCGUCAUCACUGUCUCGGUAAUCUAAAUAUAUUUUCUUCAUAUAUUGUAAUAUGUGAAAUGAUUGUUCAGUCGAGCAUUGUUCCCAUUACGAAUAUUUUGUUGACAUAGUGCAAAAUCAUAUUUUUUGUGUGUAUUUUGAGUUUGUGUACUCAGGUAAAUAUCAUGUUUUUUUUUAUGGUACCAAAAGGUCGCGGGUUUGAUUCCCACCGUGGUCAGGCUAGUACAGAAUCAUCCUCAGAGAAACAAGAGAGCAAUUGUCGAACAUGAUUUCUUACAGUGCCGAAUUAAGUUAAGUCUAAAAGCUCGCACCAGGGCGAUUUGAAAUCACACCUUCAGGAGUCCAGUUCCUCUCUCUAUCUAAUGCAUCAGUUUAUUUCCCUCUCGGAAUGCAGGCGAGCUUUGCCAAUUUUCGAACUCGACACAAAGUGUUUUCGAGACGAUUUAAUCGUUAUCCACGACAAUAAGAGCGCUGUUUUUACUUUUAUUACCGAGUCCUCCUCGAUGAUGCUAUAUCGAAAUCUAAUCAUGUGAAUCCACUCCUGGAUAAAGUCAUGGAAAGUGACGCGCUUUAACUUCUCCUCAUAUAUAUUGUAGAAUGCUGGCGUCAUAUUUCUGACGAAUUUAAACAUAUUUACUAAACCGUGUCGUUCAGCACCUACCCAACCCCCACGCCGAUGGAAACCAAGACCAUGGAGGUCACGCUGGUGGAAUGGUGGGUAUGGUGGGUAUGGUGGGUUCGGUGGAUAUGGAUGCGGGUGGGGUGCUGCUAAUUUUGGUGGACAUAAAUGCGGUUGGCGCAUGUCAUAUUACAGAUCGCUUUCUGGAUUAUCUACACCAG